CAAAGACGUGAAGGUUGAAAGUUUGGCAAAGUCGAUCUUGGGUGUAGUUUUCUCAUCCACCCUUUUCAAACGACAAGAGCUGUAAAACAAUUACCACGCGACUUUAAGCGCCACCUUCCCUUUUGCACUAAUACUAAUGGCUUCUCCUUUUCCCGUUCUCGGUUUUCGUUUUCGUUUUCGUUUUCUUUUUCUUCUUCUUCUUCUCCACCACCACAACCACCGUAUCAUCUUCUUCUUCAUCGAGAAGUAUCUGAGAAUCUGUUAUUGUAGCCAUUAAUGGGUUAUCUCUCUUGCAAUGCCGAGUCGGCGAUCGCCACAUGCGACUCCUAUAACUGGCCGGACCUCAAAGUCAAAAGGAAAUCAAAGAAAAAGAACAAACCCAAGCCAAUCAAGAUCAGGGAGUUUUCUCACGAAGAGCUCGCCGCCGCCACGGACGGUUUCUCCGCCGAGAGCUUUCUCGGGAAAGGAAGCCACGGCAGCGUCUACAAAGCCGUCCUCGAUGAUGGGAAGCUCGUCGCCGCCGUCAAGAGAACGAAACUCAUCUACAACUCCAAAACGACGACGUCGGCCUUCCACGACAACGAGAUCGAGAUACUCUCCCGCGUCCGCCACCCGAGGCUCGUCAACCUCAUCGGCUUCUGCGCCCACUCAAACGACAACAAGCUGAUCGUCGUCGAGUACAUGCCCAACGGGUCGUUGUACGAUCUGCUGCACUCCGGUUCGAGGCCUCCGGGAUGGACACGGAGGGUCCGGUUCGGGUUACAUGUAGCGAAGGCGGUGCACGCGCUCCACGCGGCAAGUCCGCCGGUGAUCCACCGGGACAUAAAGUCUUCGAAUGUUUUGAUCGACGAGGACGGGAACGCGAGGCUCGGGGACUUCGGAUUGGCGCUGAGGGGACACGUGGAGGACGUUCGCGUCAAGUGCACGCCACCGGCGGGGACGUUAGGGUACCUCGACCCGGGCUAUCUUGCGCCGGGGGAUCUAAGCGCUAAGAGUGACGUGUUCAGCUUCGGGAUUUUGCUUCUCGAGAUCAUCAGCGGAAGAAACGCGAUCGAUGUGAAUUACAGCCCGCCUUCCAUCGUGGACUGGGCCGGGCCCAUAAUUAAGCGCGGCGACUACGCCGACAUCUGCGACUCCAGAAUCGGGCCGCCGCCGGACCGGGCCGUGGCACGCCACCUCGCGGUGCUUGCCGCGAGGUGCGUCAGGUCUACGUUGGAGAAGCGGCCGACGAUGGGCGAGGUCGUCGAGUCCCUGAAACUCAUCAGCAAACGCGCUCAUGCGCCGCCGAUGUGGAACAACUUGAGGCGGCGCGUGAGGUGCGUGGAAAUCAACACGGAGCCGCUGUUGAGCGGUCAUCGGGAAGAUUGCGAUGUCAAAACCGCAGUCACUGCCGCGGCGGAGAUCGGCCGGCGGGGCAGGAAAUUAAGAAGCAGUAGUGUUGGUGAAAUGGAGAGGUCAAAGUCAAUAGGGUCGUAUAGAGAGGUGGUGGGUGCAGCACAGGAGAGGCAUAUCCCGGUGGCGAUAGUGGCGUCGGGAGUGGCGGUGAAGAUGCCGCCGGCGGUGGUGAGGCUGAGGAAGUCGAGGUCGGUGGGAGUGUCCCGGAGCAGUAUCAAGAGAGGAGGGUUCGUGUUGGAGUUCGAGAGGGACGUGGUUAAGUCUCGUUCGGAGUUUGAUUUGUCGGAGUUGGUUAUUAGUUUAGACGACAAAUCUGACGACAAAAUACUGGAGAAAUCGUUAGUUUCCCAAUAACUACUUCCUUGUAUAGAAACCACUGUUGAUCAGGAGAUGCAACGGUUAAGGUGCUUUCUUUUCGGCUCGGUUACUGGACAGUGCAGCAUCAAACUCAUGGUAGCACGAGUGAAAUUAAAUUUAUUUUGAAGUAAAAUUAGAUCAGGUCGUUUUGGUUUGUGCUCCGGCCUCUCAAAUUUCUUAUAAACGAUAUGGAUGGGAGUGUGAUGCGCCAAUCAGCCAAUGUUCCAUUUUUUAUCACGCCAAUAAAACUAUACUAGUAUAGUACAUACUGGCAAAUUAAAUUGGAAUAAACGGUACUGAAGACGGUCAAGCAUGAUCAAGUGAAUAUGCUUUUCUUUGACUGAUCUUGCUACGUU